GUCCUACUCAACAUUAGUGUCAUCCCAGUUGACAACUGACAAGUGCUAACUUUUACUGUCUUACAAACGUGUUAUAAAUAAAACACGAACUUGGCGCCCCAACCUAAAAGUUUAAUUUAAUUAAAUUGAAAACAUAAACCGUUUGCUUUAAUUUAAAAUAGUGAAAGUUAUGUACAUAAGGAAAUAAUCAUAAAAUAUGAUUUGCAAAAAAUGUGGUGCUUUAGGUACUAUCACUCUAAGAAAAAAAGACAUUUACUGUGAUGUUUGCUUCUCAAUAAACAUUGUGCACAAAUUUCGCGGUUGCAUAGGAAAAAAUAAAAUAUUAUCAAAAGACGAAAAUGUAUUGAUUUGUUUGUCUGGAGGUAAAGGUUCUACAGUGUUAUUGGACUUGAUUCACAAUGGGAUAGUUUUAGAUAACCACAAGAAACUGCGGAUCCGUCCACUUUUCUUACACAUAAGUAAUGGGGAUGUAGAUCGCAUAAACAAUAUUAUAAAACAAUGUAAAUUGUAUAGCUUUGAUGUUUACAUUGCCAAUAUUGCUGAUUAUUUUGAACCAAAUCUAAAAAUAUUGAAUACAAACAGCCUGCCGAUUGUGAAUGCUGAACAUAAUGAAAAGAUUAAUAAUAUGUUUAAAGAUAUACCCUUAAGUGUAUACAAUGAUAUGAUGUUAAAAAUUAAAAGAAGUUUAUUUAUAAAAUAUGCCAAACUUUUAGACUGUGAAUUAAUAUUUACUGCAGAAACAACCACAAGCUUGGCAAUAAAUUUAUUAUCUAACAUAUCCAUUGGACGUGGGUCACAAAUAGAGAAUGAUAUUGGAUUUAUGGAUAACAGAAAUGAAAAAAUAAAAAUAAUAAGACCCAUGAAAGAUAUAAGUCAAGAGGAAUUAGACAAUUACAUGAGAAUCAAACAAUUAACAUGUAUUAAUUUUGAUCAUCACCAAGAAAACAGUAUACAAUCUGUUAUUAGUAAUUUUGUAGGAGAUUUACAGGAAAAUUUCCCAGCAACUGUAUCUACUGUAUGUAAAACUGCAGACAAAAUUGGUUUACACAAUGACAAUAAAAUUAAGAAGGAUAUGAAAUGCAUCAUCUGUGAGAGUAAUUUGAAUAGAAAAAAUUUGAAGCUGUCUGCCCUGGAAGCAACUGAAUUCUCAAGAUUGGUAUCCCUUUUGAAGCCUCAACCUACGCCUAUAAAUAGUAAUGAUGGUCUACACACUGAAGAUUGGGCAGUGGUAAACAGUAUGCAUAAGUCCAUGUUUCCCUUUAUUCAUAAAACACUUUGUUUUAGUUGUAGCAGAAACUAUGCUCAGAUGAGUCAAUCUCAACUAACACAAACCAUCCAGGAGUUAAUAUUAACUUAAAAUAUUAUAUUCCCUCUUUAUAUAUGUAAUGUAAUGCAAAGACCUUGAUCAGCUAUGCUCAACCUGCAGGCCUCUGGGCAUUUAUAAGUGGCCCAAAUCACUCAAUUAAAAAAAGCUUUUCCCAAGAUCACUUGACCUGUAUGUUAACCUGAUAAGAAUAAAAUCAUUCAGUGAAUUGUUAAUAUGUUUUAUUGAAAUAAAUAUGUGGUCUGUGGUACCAGAACCGAGAUAUCUUUGCGGACCAUAUGAAAAAGUUAGAGUACAGCUAAUCUUGAGUCUUGUGGUAUGAAUGUGGCGUAUGUUGACGUCACACGAGACUUUUUUGUUCUAAGUCGUGUGUCUGCUUGCCCAGUAUCAUUACAUGUUAUCAUCACUGGCAGUGGCGGCCUUAGGGGAGGCGAUCCGGCCACCACCCGGGCUCGCGCCUCUGAGGGCAAUUUUUUCACGUCACCACAAUGUUUAUCAGCUCAUCGUACUUGAUAACAUUUUACCCAUGAAAUUAUUGUAAUCAAGUACUUUUUUUCUGGAGCCAGCUGAGGCCGCCACUGAUAAGUGGCACAAAGGAAAGACGUCGCAAAUAUCUGCCACUGAUGGGUGAUUGGUUUUAAUUAAACGCUUACGAGAUUUGCAUACAACGACAAUUUCUAUAAUUCAGUCUAACGAAAUAGGUCAUUUUCUAUAAAAAAAAUAGAUCCUAAUUCGGAUGGUCAUUAUCUUAACCCCUGUUUCACCCCCUUACGUACCCUGACAAUACAGAAAAGAACCAACUCGGUGAUAAGUUUUGCAACCCCUGUACGAUAAUGUUUGUAACUUAUUAUAGCAAGUAAGUCUAUUUGGAAAUAAAACUACAUAUUAAAAUAA